CUCGCCACGUCAUCUUCUCGUUUAUUUCUAUUUAUUUAUUUAUUUAAAAAGGGUUUUCGAUCGGCCCAUCGCAAGUCUUCCCAUGGCGACUCCGGCGAGAGGUCUCCUCCUCCUCCUCCUCGUCGCCUUGCUCCUCGUCCACUCUCUUUGCGCGCUCGGAGGGAAGAGUUAUUACGACGUGUUGCAAGUGGCGAAGGGAGCUUCGGAGGAGCAGAUCAAGAGGGCCUACAGGAAGCUCGCUUUGAAGUAUCAUCCGGAUAAGAACCCGGGAAACAAAGAGGCCGACAGGAAAUUUGCGGAGAUCAAUAAUGCUUAUGAAGUUCUCUCUGACGGUGAGAAAAGGAAAAUCUAUGAUCGGUAUGGCGAGGAGGGACUGAAGCAGCAUGCUGCUGGGGGUGGAAGGGGCUCCGGAAUGAAUUUUCAAGACAUUUUUAGCAGCUUCUUUGGGGGUGAUUCAAGAGAAGAGGAGGAAGAGACAAUACCAAAAGGCGAUGAUGUUGUUGUUGAAUUGGAUGCCACUUUGGAAGAUUUAUAUAUGGGAGGCACACUAAAGGUUUGGAGAGAGAAGAAUGUUAUCAAGCCAGCUCCUGGGAAGCGGCGCUGUAACUGCAAGAAUGAAGUAUAUCAUAGGCAAAUUGCUCCAGGAAUGUUCCAACAAAUGACAGAAUUGGUAUGUGAAGAUUGUCCUAAUGUGAAAUUUGUGCGAGAAGGCUAUUUUUUAACAGUGGAUAUCGAGAAGGGGAUGCAAGAUGGUCAGGAGGUGAUGUUUUACGAGGAUGGAGAACCUAAAAUUGACGGUGAAGCUGGAGAUUUGAAGUUCAGGAUUCGAACAGCACCCCAUGAACUCUUCCGAAGGGAUGGAAAUGACUUGCAUAUGACCGCGACUAUCUCAUUGCUUGAAGCUCUCAUUGGUUUCAAGAAAGCCAUGAAACAUCUUGACGGACAUCCGGUUGAAAUAGGCAGCCAGGGUAUUACUAAGCCUAAAGAGACCAGGAAGUUCAAAGGGGAAGGAAUGCCUCUCCACCUGAGCACCAAGAAAGGAGAUCUAUACGUCACAUACGAAGUUCUAUUCCCCGAGUCGUUAACCAAAGACCAGAAAACUAAGAUCAAAUCAGUGCUGUCAUGAAAUCAAGAACUAUUCCAUUGUACCUGAGCCAGAGCUAGCCCUCCUGAAGUGAAGGAAACUUAAAAUAGUAUGCCAACAAAGAACUAAAGAUUUAUUUCAUUCUGUUUGCAAGAGUUUCUCAUCCUGAUCAUUCCCUCCAAAAUUUUCUUUUAGGCAGGAGAAUUAGGGUUAGCACACUGAGGUUAGCUGAAUUGUAGGCGUUUUGUGUUCUACACGGGUAUGUAUGUUUUUGAGAAACCUCAUUCAACAUUUAGAUAUAUGCUCAUGCAACAACCUCGUUUUAGCUUGAAAAAUUACUUGAUGGUUCAUGAAA